UUCCCUUACAGGAGCUGAAGCAGUCUUUCAGGAAGGAAGAAGAUACUGGGGAACACAAAGAGCUUCUCGCUGUGCUUUCAAUGGAUUUUAAAAUUGAGCACACUUGGAAUAGCUUGCCAGUAUCCCAUGAGCCAGUGUGGAUCCGGCUGAGUCCAGGUGAUGGAGGAUUGACAAUGGAAGUGAAGGCUCCAUUUUUUAAUGAUCCUCCAGCCCCACCUGGAGAGCCAGGAAAGCCUUUUGAAAGACUGUGGGAUUAUGAAGUGGUGGAGGCAUUUUUCUUGAAUGACAGAACCCAGCAAUACAUAGAAGUUGAACUUUGUCCCCAUGGACAACAUUUGGUGCUUUUACUAAGUGAGAGAAGAAAAUCAUGGAAACAAGUGCUUGCUUUAUCAUUUGAGGUGUCCAGACAUGAAAAUACAUGGGAAGGUAAAGCUCAUCUUCCUUGGAAUUAUUUUCCUCCUGGUAUAAAUAAAUUUAAUUCGUAUGCAAUUCAUGGAUCAAAAGCUGGAAGAACAUAUGAAGCACUUUACCCCAUCCCUCAAGAUGAGAUAAAAGAAGGACAGGAGCCUGAUUUCCAUCGCCUGGAAUAUUUCAAGUUUUUUAAUUUGAAUAUGAUUUUUGGAGAGGAGUGGAAACAGCCUGAAUCAGACCUUUGGAUGUCACAGAACUCUACUGUAAAUAAGGACAAUAAAUAAUUUUAUUUUUAUUUUCUGCCUUUUUGAAAAAUCAACAAAUUACAAGCUGCAGUCUCUUAAAGGAAACUGAGAAUGUUUGAACAAUGCACAUUUGCAAAGAUGAUUUUUAAAAGUGAAUUUUUCAAGAGCUACUUGGCAAAUAGAAUUGUGCUCAAGAUAAUAAAAUGUUUGUGAAAAA